UAUGCCAAAUGACUUUUAGGUUUUUUAAUUCCACUAUUAACAGAGCGAAGAGAUUGUUGAACAAUUUUUUAAAGAAUUUAAGUGAAAAUGCCUGCCUAUAAAGUAAAAGUAAAAUGGGGACGUGAACUUUUUCCGGACAUAGAAGCAAACACAGAUGAAGAACCAUUGUUAUUCAAAGCUCAAUUAUUUGCUUUAACUGGAGUGCAUCCUGAUCGUCAAAAAGUAAUGUGUAAAGGCGGUAUUUUAAAGGAUAAUGAAUGGAACCUUCAAUUAAAAGAUGGUGCAACUGUGUUACUCUUGGGAUCUAAAGAACAGGUUCCCGAAGAACCAGUAACCCCUGUGAAGUUUAUAGAAGAUAUGAAUGAUGCCGAAAUGGCAACAGCAAUGGAAUUGCCUGCUGGUCUCACGAAUUUAGGAAAUACUUGUUAUAUGAAUGCAACCGUACAAUGUCUACAUGCAGUGCCUGAGCUACGCGAGGCUCUUGAUAAAUACCGAGUGGACAGUGAAGAUGCCGGUUCAAUGUCAACUGCAAUGGCUUCAGCCAUGAAGUUUUUAUUUAAACAAAUGGAACGUGGUAGUACAGUAACGCCAAUAAUUUUAUUACAAACGUUACAUCGGGCAUCGCCACAAUUUUCACAAGUUGGUGAGAAUGGCACCUAUCGACAGCAGGAUGCCAAUGAAUGUUGGUCAGAAUUACUGAAAAUGAUGCAGCAAAAAAUUCCAGCUUCUAACGACAAAGCAAUCGAAGGAAGCGACGUUAAAAAGUACAAUUCAUUUAUAGAACAAUACUUUGGUGGUUCAUUCGAAGUUAAAAUGAGCUGUGCCGAAAUCGAAGAUGAGGAGCCAACUAUAGCUAAAGAGCAAUUUCUUCAACUUAGCUGUUUUAUAUCAACGGAAGUAAAAUAUAUGCAUAGCGGUUUGAAAUCGCGAAUGAAGGAGCAAUUGGUGAAGCGAUCCGAAACUUUGGGACGAGAUGCUAAUUAUAUUAGAACGUCUCUUAUCAGUCGCCUACCGGCGUAUUUAACAAUACAAUUUGUUCGUUUUCAAUACAAAGGAAAAGAGGGUAUUAACGCGAAAGUUUUGAAAGACAUAAAAUUUCCAAUCGAAUUUGAUGCAUUUGAGUUAUGUACCCCUGAACUUCAAAAUAAGUUAUGCCCUAUGAGAGCUAAGUUUAAAGAAGCUGAAGACAAAAAUUUGGAAGGCAAUAUUAAAGCUAUCGCCGAAGAUAAAAGUACUCCAACUGAAGUGGAAAAAAAUGUAGAAACCGAAAACUAUUGGUUCGAAAAUGAUCCAGGCAGCAAUAAUUCGGGAUAUUAUACUCUUCAUGCUGUAUUAACACAUAAAGGACGUUCAAGUUCUUCUGGUCAUUAUGUAGCUUGGGUAAAACACUCCGGUGAUAUCUGGUUCAAAUUUGAUGACGAUGUGGUUACUUCUGUAACUACUGAUGAUAUACUACGCCUGUCGGGAGGUGGAGAUUGGCAUUGUGCCUAUGUACUUUUGUAUGGACCAAAGUUGCUAAAGAAACAAUGAAAUUAAAUAAUAAAUAAAAAUAUACAUGUGAGACUCGA